GUCCCCCUUUCACUGUCCUUCUGGAUUCAAGGAGUUAAACCAUAAGUUGUAACUGAUAUUUGACGAGUAUAUACAACUACUACACAGCAUUGACUGUUCUUCCUGUUGCGCCUUCACGUCAAUUCCAAUCGGCACAAUGGCAGCCCUUCCGGAAGUACCAUCGCUAGGCAAGGUUCUCGUCAUCGGAGGCUGUGGCUUCCUCGGUUCUCAUAUCGUCUCACUCAUCGUGAAAAGACAUCCACAGUCCCAGAUCGCCGUCCUCGACCUACGUACAAAUCUCAAUCGCAACGCGAGCCCAAUCGUAUCCUACCAUGACUGCGACAUAACCAAUCUCGAUGCCGUCCAAUCCGUCUUCGCAACCGUCAAGCCCGACGUUGUCAUCCAUACCGCUUCACCCCACUUCAAUGCAAAGAGCGAGAUCCACAACAAAGUCAACGUGGAGGGAACCAAGAUCCUUCUGAAGGCCGCACAGGACUCAAAAGUGAAGGCUUUCGUCUACACCAGCUCUGCCAGUGUGGUAUUGGAUCCUACCAGGGAGCUUGUCAAUGCUGAUGAGACCUGGCCGUUGGUGAUGGGAGAUCGACAGCCUGAGUACUACACUACGACAAAGGCUUACGCCGAGAUCGCCGUGCUAGAAGCCAAUCGCACACCUUCCGACUUCCUAACGUGCGCUAUCCGGCCUGCUGGCAUUUUCGGAGAAGGCGACGUACAGCUACUCCCGAAGAUGGUGACCGCUUUCCGCAAAGGUCAGACUAAAUUCCAGGUUGGCCAGAACAAUAAUCUUUUCGACUUCACUUACGUGGAAAACAUUGCACACGGCCAUCUUCUCGCGGCGCAAGCACUCCUACAUACGCACAGCAUCCUGCCUACUGUUCCACUCGAUAGCGAACGAGUAGAUGGCGAGGCUUUCUUUAUCACCAACGGACAACCGGUAUACUUCUGGGAUUUCGCGCGUGCCGUAUGGCAUGAGGCAGGAGACAGACUCCCACUGUCUUCGGUGUGGCAUCUUAGCGAUGAUGUGGCGUGGGCGAUAGGAACACUUCUGGAGUCGGUGUUCUGGGUGUUGGGGAAAACACCAAACUUGACUCGUGCUCAAGUGAGAUAUAGCACCAUGACGAAAUAUCAUAGCAUCGAGAAGGCUAGACGACGGCUAGGGUUUGCACCUGUGGUAGGAUUGGACGAGGGCAUUCGUCGAGGUGUUGGAUACAUCCUUGAACAGGAAGAAAAAGAAAAGCAAAAGAAGGGACAGUAAGAGGUGGAUGAAGUUCUGAUCGGGAUUGUUACAAAUAUUUGGCAAACACAGGUAGAUAAGUAUUUAAUAAUAACUGGCUGUAGUCGCGUUGAACUGGUAUUGAAUUUGAUAUGAGCUAUUCUAAGGUUGAAAAUCACUCCAUCGAGGGGUACUCCUUCCUCCAACGCCAUAUCCGAAGGCACGCAAGUCUGAAGGAUGUGUAUCAAAAUCAUGUAUGCCCUGACUCCUAUAAUGCGCAUAAUUAAUCG